AUGAUAUUCGGUGGUGUCAACAAGUCAACUCCACUCAACGACAUACAUCUAUUCCAUACCGAACGAAAUCAAUGGUCUAAACUAGCUCCGGGCGCGUCAAUACUCGAUCAGACGACACCCUCCUCGAUCAACCAUAAUGACACAUCCGAACCAUCACCAACGACAAGAGGUCGUUCUGCAACAAUAUCACACCCUUCGACACCUGUCACAGAGUCUGGUCACCCCUUCAAGCAAGCAGUCCAUUCAGCCGCAGGUGGAAACUCACCGCGCAGUCACCAUUCGCCAAUCGUCCACCUUAUCAAUCGAUCACCUCUGGCGGCACAACAACAACUACUUCCACCAAUUGGCGGUACCACGGCAACAACAACUUCAACUACAUCAUCGACAUCAUCGCCAACAAAGUCAAUCACCAACGCCACAAACUUAGUGUACCCAACACCAAGAUCCAAUCAUACAUGUACCAUUGUUGGUUCAAAGGCAUUCAUAUUUGGUGGAUAUAAUGGUGAACAGUUGUUGAAUGAUCUGUAUGUUUUGAACUUGGAGACAUUGGAAUGGACAUUAGUAGAGUUGCAGGGCGAUGCCCCAUCGCCAAGAUGUGGACACUCAGCCGUGGCCAUCGGCACAAAGAUAUAUAUAAUCGGUGGCAGCUUGAUUGGUGUUGGCAAUCCGAUGCAAUCAUCAACAGAUCCAGAUAUUUAUAUAUUGGACACGGAGUAUUUGACAUGGACAUUGAUCAAGACACAUGGAUCUACACCAUCACCGAGAUAUGGACAUGUGUGUCUGGCAAUAUCAAGUAGAUUGAUCAUCAUUGGUGGUGCAGAGAAUUCCAACAACAAGAAGUCACAGAUAUGUACCAUGUACCAUGUGUUGGAGACUCUCAAGUUGGUGUUCAAGACGCCUUCCAGGAACCUGUUAAAUCGCAAUAACUCAUCAUCACUGAGUUUGAACUCCAAGCGACUUCAAACAUCUCUUGUCAACUUGUUCAAGGCUGCAUCAUCAUCACCUUCGACCACGCCAGAAGUCAUUGACCCGGCCACUUGCACAUUGAGUCCAGGAUUGGCCAAUGAUCGACUUCCCAGUCCAGGUGGAAGGGUAUCUGGGUUCAAGCCACCAUUGUCAUCUUCAUUGAACAUAUCACCAAGUCCAUCAGUGGCACUAUCACUCAAUCAACUUGAUAUUGCCAGUCCCAGUCCAGGUAGUAGUGAGCCAACAAUGCACUCCAACAUGGUAUCAUCGCCAAGUGAGUGUGAUAUUCCAGCCAUUGCCAUUGGUGAAUGCUGCUCAUCGACCGCAUGCCAUCUACGAUAUAGUGUAAUGCGUGAUCUCUACCUCGAGAGCAAACAGAUGUACAAAGAGGAGUUGGAGAGAAGAUUGAAGUUGGAACAAAUCAUCGAGUCAUCAAUGCGCAAUGUCAAGACCAGUGGCAGUGGCAGUGGCACACCAAUCAAGAAUCAGCAGGUGAUGGAGAUGUAUGUGGAUGACUUUGCCAGAGAGCUGAGUAGAUAUGAGAAGAGAUUGAAGUGGGAGGAGAUGGCCAAGCGUGAGACGAGACAACAGUUGGUCAAUCUACGCGCCAAGUUUGAAGUCCUGUCAAACUCUGUUGGUGGCAUACCAUCAUCAUCAUUACUCUCUGAUUCAAUGAGUGAUAUUAGUGAUAACAGCAUGGAUUCCAGGUCCAACAAGUGUAUCGAGGUCGAUCCCGAGGACAUUAGCAUCGAUGGACCAUUCAACUCUACACCGAACUUGGCAACAGCAGAGUCCAAUGUGACACCAGGUGUCAAGCGCACUCUAACGGCCAACUCAUUGCAUCAACGAUCGUCAUCACAUCCAAUCCAGUUCCUCAAUGGUCUCAAGAAGAAGGAGAAAGAGAAGGAGAAGGAGAAGGAGAAGGAGAAGGAGAAGGAUGUUGGUAGCAAGUCACCAUCAGAGACACCCAAGAGUGGACACAAUCAUAUAUUGAAGUUCCUCAAAUCAAAGAAGGGCAAUCGUAACUCGGUACAAUUCGAUCGUACUCCAGUGACCAUGGUGGAGGAUGAUCAGGAUCCAGUGAUAGUUAUCAGUCCAAUGAAUGGACAUAGAUCACCGAUCAAGGAAGAGUCGUCAUCAUCAUCCAAUGACGAGUCAUCAACAUUCAUGGAUGGAUCAUCAGUGUCAUCAGUGCUAGACGAUGCACAUAGUGAUAAUGGUGCCGACAAGAAGUCCAGAAGGAAACAAUUAUCACAAUCACUCAAGAGUAUAUUGACAACAUCAAACAACAACAAGGUUGAGAAGGAGGUCGAAGAGAAGAAGAAGGACAAAGACAAGAGGAUAAGCAUGAAGCUCAAGAUCUUUGGUUCAAAGUCCAAAGAGACCAUCCCAUUCCGUAUCGAGAUAUUUGACAAGCUCAUCAGUCACCUGGAGGCGAAUGCCAUUGAGAUAGAGGGUAUAUUCAGGAUGUCUGGCAACAUGGAUACAGUGAGACAUAUUGUAAAGUCAUUUACACAACAGGAACCAAAUCUCAACUAUGAGGUACACAAUAUCUCCAAUGCACUCAAGCAUUACCUGAGAGCACUCGAUCCUCCACUGAUACCCUAUGACUUCUUCAUUCCAAUGUUGGAUGCAUGGAAGAAUGAAGAUGCAGAGACUAUUAGGAAUAUAUGUUGGAAGAUACCGACUGCCAAUAGAUUGGUAUUGAAUAACUUGGUGGCAUUGUUGGUCAAGAUUGCACAGAGAUGUGAUGUGAACAAGAUGGACACAAAGAAUCUUAGUAUUGUAUUUGGGCCAACCAUUAUGAGACCAAGGAUACAGACACUGGAUAGAAUGGAAUUGAUGAGUGAGACACAGAUACAAUGUGGAAUCAUGCAGACUCUCAUAGAAGACUUUGCCUACAUCUUUGAAGAGACGCCACAAUGUCUGCCACAGUCAUUCACGCAUGCAGACUGUGCCGAGAAAGCCAACUUUGAGCGAGUUGAGUUAGAGAUUGACUCGACAACCACUCCAUUCUCAUCAUCACCAUCACCAUCAUCCCAACUAUCAACUAGCUUGCCUCAGUUCAUUGAUAACAUAUCUGUACAAUGA